CCGUUUAUAUUUUAAACCUCUUUGCACUUAAUGUUACAUCGAGAGAUUAAAUAUCACUGUUUUCAACAGCUCUGAUGGAUACAGAUAUCGUUUUCAACUCUGUUUGGAGAUUUGAAAAAUAUUCUUUAGUCUUAUUAUUUAUUUAUAUUCAUGCCACACCCCAUUCGCUAGAAAAUAGAAUUUGAGUCCUGGGAAUUGGAUUCUAUUCCCUUUAAUUCACAUCUUAACCUACUCACACUCGUGACAUCUGUUCUUGAAAAGUGAGCUAUGAAAUCUCAACAUGCUGUAAAAAUGUGUCAAGGUGGUUUUCUUGGAAACUUUUCCUUCUCCUCUCUCACAAAUGCCAGUUCAGUAAACAACACCCACUAGUGACCGGGCGGCCAGAGGUUCGUCAUGGUCUCCCUUCGCUGUUAGUCUUGGUGAGAAUCAACCCCGUUUCCCAGAAUUCUCAAGUUAGCUUGACUCUCUGCUUUAUUUUCUGAGGGAAGCAGCCGGACUACAUGUAGCACAAAACCUGUCACGGUUCACAUUUGGUCUGAGUGAAACUACUCUUUUAAUUCAUGACACUAGCAUUCUUUACAAAUCCCAUCUGAGUUUUAAGCACACCACCGGGAUUCUUGAUCUGUCUGCAUAUUAACGUAAAACAAUCUGUUUUCUUUCAGUUUGGAAACAACAAUAACUACAUGAACAUGGCUGAGGCCAACAGUGCUUUCUUUGCAGCCAGUGAGCAGACAUUCCAUACGCCAAGCCUCGGGGAUGAGGAGUUUGAAAUCCCCCCUAUCACGCCUCCUCCAGAAUCAGACCCUGCCCUGGGCAUGCCCGAUGUUCUUCUACCCUUUCAAGGCCUCAGCGAUCCGUUGCCUUCCCAGGGAAGUGAAUUCACACCCCAGUUUCCCCCUCAAAGCCUGGAUCUUCCUUCCAUAACAAUCUCAAGAAAUCUCGUGGAACAAGAUGGCGUGCUUCAUAGCAGUGGGUUGCAUAUGGACCAGAGCCACACGCAAGUGCCCCAGUACCGUCAGGAUCACUCCUUGAUCAUGAGGUCCAUUGUCCACAUGACUGAUGCUGCUCGCUCUGGGAUCAUGCCUCCCACUCAGCUCACCACCAUCAACCAGUCUCAGCUCAGCGCCCAGUUGGGGUUAAACUUGGGAGGCGCCAAUAUGCCUCACACGUCUCCUUCACCUCCAGCAAGCAAAUCAGCGACACCCUCCCCUUCCAGCUCCAUCAAUGAAGAGGAUGCUGAUGAAUCCAACAGAGCCAUUGGAGAGAAAAGAGCUGCUCCAGACUCUGGCAAGAAGCCCAAGACUCCAAAGAAAAAGAAAAAGAAAGAUCCCAAUGAGCCCCAGAAGCCAGUGUCAGCAUAUGCCCUGUUUUUCAGAGACACACAGGCCGCAAUUAAAGGUCAAAACCCCAAUGCAACCUUUGGAGAGGUCUCGAAAAUCGUUGCGUCUAUGUGGGACAGCCUUGGAGAAGAACAAAAGCAGGUUUAUAAAAGGAAAACGGAAGCUGCCAAAAAAGAAUACCUGAAGGCCUUGGCUGCGUACAGGGCCAGCCUCGUUUCUAAGGCUGCUGCCGAAUCCGCAGAAGCCCAGACCAUUCGCUCCGUUCAGCAGACCCUGGCGUCCACCAAUCUGACAUCCUCGCUCCUUCUCAACCCUCCACUGUCGCAGCACGGGACCGUAUCAGCCUCACCUCAGACUCUCCAGCAGUCGCUCCCCAGGUCCAUCGCCCCCAAACCCCUAACCAUGAGACUCCCCAUGAACCAGAUCGUCACCUCGGUCACCAUCGCCGCCAACAUGCCCUCGAACAUUGGGGCCCCGCUGAUAAGCUCCAUGGGGACGACCCUGGUGGGCUCGGCGUCCUCCGCCCAGGGGAGCCCUUCCGUGCAAACCCAGCAGCAGCACCUGCAGAGGCAGCAACAGCAGCUCCAGCAGCACCAAAUGCAGCAGCAGCUCCAGCAGCAGAUGCAGCAGCAGCAUUUCCAGCACCACCUGCAGCAGCACCUGCAGCAGCAGCAGCAGCACCUGCAGCAGCAGCUCAGCCAGCAGCAGCUGCAGCAGCAGCUCCAGCAGCAGCUCCAGCUGCAGCAGCUGCAGCAGCACAUGCAGCACCCGCCUCAGCCCUCUCCUCGGCAGCCCUCCCCGGUCACCUCCCAGAUGACGUCCCCCAUCCCCGCCAUCGGGAGCCCGCAGCCAGCCUCUCAGCAGCACCAGUCACAGAUACAGUCUCAGCCACAGACUCCGGUGUUGUCCCAGGUCAGUAUUUUCUGAAGGCGCCCGCGGCGGGCACGCCCGGAUUGGCGCACGCGCGUGCGGAGGCGAGUGGCGGAGGAGGGUAACCCGAACGCGGCCGAAGCUUGUAAGUUGCGGUCGGUUAUGCAGAAACGUGUCACAGAUCACAUGGUCCUCUCAAGUGUCUAUUAGAUAGGCAAUAAGAACACAGUGUAGCCGAGUAUCACCUUCUAGCUGACUGUAAAUCACUUUGUUUUUAAACAAGAAAAGCUGUGCUCUUUUAUGUGAUGCCUUUUUUAUUUAUUCAGGCUAUACCUACAAUAUGUGAAUCAAACCGUUUAAUGAAUCCUGGGACGUACUGAGGACUCUAAACUGGCCUCUCUGAGUCAUAGAAAACGGCCUUAUUUCUCCAGAAGUGAAUAAACCGCACUUCCAGGCUAUUUGAACUUCCGGAGCCCUAAAAAUAAAAAGCACAGUGGUAAUUACCUGACAUAGGAAGAUCCAGUUUCAUACAAACAUUUGUAUGACGUGAAUAGUUGAUGGCAUUUUUUUGUCAUGAAAAAAAAAAUAAUGUAAAUCACAGACUUUUGCCAAAGCUCUUAUUUUUUUUUUCCUAAAUCUCUCCAGAAAAAAAAAAAAUACAAGUGAUUAGAUUCAAUUAUUGACUUAUUUCCACUUUUUUAACCCAUGACUUCUCCAAAUCAAACCACAGUAUAUGUUGUAACGAUAUCUAUGACCACUGUUAGCCCAUUAUGUUCAUCCCAAUUAGAAGAAAAGAAUGUGAAUAUUAUAUUCUGUGUUUUGAGUGACAAGUUUCGAAAAUAAAAACACUGUAUUUUUAAAAGGGAAAUGCACUUAAAUGAAAACAGUUAUUACAAAAGUUAAGAUUUAAAAAAAAAAUGCAAGAGUUUUUAUUAUGAUGUAAUACCGGUAGAAUAUUUAAAAGGCGCACCACAUCUGAAUAAUCAAUGUAAAUAUUUUCUUUCAAAGUUGUAAGUUUUCAUAUCAUGUGUUGUAAAGUUUUCAUACAUGAGGCUUUAACGUAAACACUGGUGACAUAAACCAUUCAUUGCUACGUUGCUUAUUGUGUUUUUAUGCUGUUUUAUACUUUUUUAUGAGUUAUGAUAGCAGCGAUUAAGUUGUUUGUAUUUUGCUUAACUAAAACAAAAAAAUGCUUUUAUCUUGCUAUAGAAUAAACACAUUUCAGUAAAAACUGUGGACUGUAUUUUGAUGCAACAACCAGGAAAAUGUUCACUUUUCAAAUAAAAUGAUAUGUCAAAUUUCA